CCGUGAUACCGGAGAGAAGUUCUGACAGCUCAGACUUCACUCAGUUCAUGCCCACCCCAAUUCCCCCAAAAUCACCUUUUAUCACCGUUUACAGUCGCAAGUGCCUCAAUUAAUCACCGAACGAAGUUUGGGUGAGCGGAAGGCGACCGAUUAUGGUGUAGCACGGACUGCUAGCUCCGAAAGAGAUUACAGGCGUUAGAGUCGCGGCGCAGCACGCGAGGGCGGGGCAGAGCACAGAACGCUGCAGUAGCAAUGCUUACAUUGGCCAGUAAGCUGAAGAGGAAUGACGGCGGACAGACGGGCCGAGCCGCCGGAGCCUGCGACGCCACUCACAGGGUCUCCAUCAGGGACCGUCUCCUUACCAAAGAAGUUGCUGAACUUGAAGCCAAUCUUCCUAGUACAUGCAAAGCCAAUUUCCCAGAUGAAGACAAACUACACCAUUUUCAGCUUGCAGUGUCUCCUGAUGAAGGUUACUACCAAAGUGGCAGGUUUCAGUUUGAAAUAGAUGUCCCUGAAGCUUAUAACAUGGUGCCUCCGAAAGUGAGAUGUCUGACCAGAAUAUGGCAUCCAAAUAUCACAGAGAAUGGGGAGAUCUGCUUGAGCCUAUUGCGCGAACAUUCUAUUGACGGCACAGGGUGGGCUCCUACCAGAACAUUAAAGGACGUGGUCUGGGGAUUGAACUCGUUGUUCACUGACUUGUUGAAUUUUGAUGACCCAUUGAACAUCGAUGCGGCAGAACAUCAUUUGAGAGACAAGGAGGAUUUUCGGAGCAAAGUUCAAGAUUACAUCAAGCACUACGCCAGAUGAUAGACGCAUCAGGCCGUACCAAGUUUGCUACCAAGCUGCUCUACCUUUGCCUCAAUUUAUCUCUGAAGUCCACACCGAAUUAGCAGCCGGCCGUCUUUAACGUGGCGCUCUGCUCACGUUCUCGCAGUAAACCACAACAGAAACAAACAUGGGAAACACACACAUUCGAGCAAGGACGCAAAGCAUUAUGCUUUAUUUUUUCGGAGGUCACGUUGGCGCGCUCACUCGUUGACGCUGCUGGCUCGACAGAGACAGACAGCCAACGUCCGGCGAGCAACCGGUCGCUAUUCGAGUCUGUCUUUUUUUGUUUUACAGUGAGUAGAGUAAUCAAAAGAAGGAUUAUAUAUGUGCGUUCUCCGUUCCAGUGCCUGCAGUGUUUGUGUUGGCAGAAAGGGGGGGUAAAUAAAUAAAUGCAUGCGAAUUGACAUGAUGUAAUCUGAACACAUUUACACACAUUUGUGGACACUUUACAUGCUACGCGUGACCUGCGCAGCCCCACAUGACAGCGUUUGAAUGAUCAGCACCAUAUCGUCCUAAUCUGUUGUUAUUCACAAUCACACGCUCACACACGCACGCAUACAUACACACACACACUUUGAUCACUUUUUUUUUUUUUUCUUUUUUUUUUUACACACCUUUAUGGGCAGAAUUGGAGACUUUCACCUAUUUUUUGUCAUCUUCCUUCCCUGUUUUCACGCAAUUUUUUUCCCCAUGUCUCACACAAAUGCACAAUGUACCACUGAGAAGAGGAUGUGAAGGUGUUUUCAUCCCUAUAACAGAAGUGUAGCCAGAGAGGAAAUGGUCUAAGUUAAUUUUGGUCAUUAACGGCAAUUAUUAUUUUUUUGUGUGUGUGUGAAAGCAGAAAGAGAAAUACUUGAGAAACAAUUACAGGGGGUCCUCGAUUUAUGACGUUCAAAAAUACAUAAGGGGCAUAAGAAUCUAGAAGUUUAUCGCUGUACUUACUAUUCAUUAGCCUAAUAGCAUGCCAAAGUCAUUUGUUAACGUUUUUGGAAAACAAAGCAAAAACAAAUCCAACAAACAACAACAGUCCAGUUGCCUCUUCAAUGUUUGCAGAGUGCCACGACCUGCAUGACUGACCAUCGACUAAACCACGGGAAAAAAAACAAAAACGUUUUUAGCAAACACAGUAUUGAUACUGCUAUUGAUAUUUUGACAGUCAGACUAUCAGGCUAAGGGUUAAUGGCCUGGAAGUGUUACAUACAAAUAUUCACUAUAACUGCGGUUUUACUACUGCGUUAGUUUAGGCUAGUGACUAACACGUUCAGACUUCUGCAGGAAUUUGGGUUACGCUGUAAGAAUGAAACUGUUGUAAACUGAGAAUCCCCUGUACUACUAACAAUUAUUUUUCUUUGCUUUUAUUUUGUCUGUGCUGAAAAGAAUCAACAUUGUCUGCGUAAUUUCUUGAAACUGUCCCAAAGUUUUGUUCCCAUAAGAAUGUUUGUGGCCACAAAAAAGUAUUAAACUAUUAUAUUGGAUUUAAA